AUGGCCUCAAUGUUCAAGAAGGUGCCCAAGACUGACUCAAGAACAACAUCUCCAGCCCCUACCAACAGCAACAGAGCAGGCGCUGGAGGUCGCCGUAGCCAGUUCACGCGCCGACCUGGUCGGCAGAAGCUGACAGGCUUGUUUGCAGAUGGCAUCUGGUAUUGUGAUUGUGAGCCUCGUCUUCCUGCUGAACAUUUUCAGGUAAAGAAAGAAAGUGCAAACAAAGGCAGAUGGUUCUACACUUGUCAAAAUGGAGAAGGGCGAAGGUGUGGGUUCUUCAUGUGGAAUGAGGACGCCCAUCCACGAGAGGCAGCGGCUCUUCUGAACAACUCCACCACCGAACCCCAAAAGUCAUCGGAUAAGCCCUUGUCCCCUGUACACCCCUCGUCUCAGACAAUGCAGUCAUCUUCGAAUACCACGUCAACUCUGAGCCAACCCAACACGGCAUCCAAGAGGCCGUUUUCAGACACUGGCCUCGACGAUGCUGAUACGGAUCAUGACUCCUUCCCCUGGUCUUUAUCGGGCCAAGAGGAAGCCGAGUUGCUUGCUGCGCCAGAAACACCACGCAAGGCAGUCAAGUUCGAUGGACUUGUUACACCAGCGACCAGCGCUCACAGGAAACUACCAUGGCUGGAUCAAUCUACCCAGUCGCCUUCUGCAAUUGCUGCCAAAGCAACGCCCUCCAAGCCCUCACCUCUACCGCAACAAUCCACGUUGUCAAAGUCAGUUGUCACACAACACAGUGCCUUGACUCCGCAGGUCACCCCAAGUCUCUCACGCUUUCACGAUCCAUUAGCAAAUACGUCGCCGUUCCGAUCCACCCUCGAUCAAGAUAUCUUCACCGUGUUGAACCACUCAAGCGUCACACUACCAGCUAACUUGACAGCAAAACUCCGAGAUGUCUUGACACGUCACGAGUUACGCACUCAGGGGGUCAUCAAGGGACGAGACAUCACCCGUCUUGCUCUCAAGGCACGCGAUGCCAAGAUCACUGAACUCCAAGCCACAAUCGCAAGCCUUGAAGCAGAAAGAGACGUUGAUCAUGCACGUAUCACAAAACUUGAGUGGGAGAAAGACAUAUUGGUGAGAAAUCAGAACUUUGACACGGAGUUGUAA